UUUUUAUUAAGUAUUAAUAUUUAAUUGAAAUGUUUGAAGGGAAAAAAAACAAAAAAGAAAACUUUUGAUCAAACAAAGGAUUGAUUGAAGUGAAAAAUCUAGCUGGAAGUAAUCUGGUAAAAGUAAAACAGAUAACAUUGAUAACAUUGUAUUUCCGACGAAGAUAGGUAAUAAGAAACGAUGUCGUUACCGGACAUUGCUUCAAUCUCGGAAAACUCAAGGGAACUCGACCGGUUAAGGAAAGAACAAGAAGAGGUGCUUUUCGAUAUCAACAAGCUUCACAAGAAGCUUCAAGCUACUCCUGAGGUAGUUGAGAAACCUGGUGAUUCUUCAUUAUCAAGGCUAAAAAGUUUAUAUAUUGAAGCUAAAGAUCUUUCGGAGAGAGAAGUAACGAUUUCCAACUUGUUACUAAGUCAACUUGACGCUUUCCUGCCAUCUGGACCUCCAGGUCAACAACGAAGAAAGAUGGAUGGUAAUGAUCAAAAAAGGAGAAGAAUGAAGUCUGAUUCAGAUAUCUCUCGUCUUUCUCCUUCUAUGCGGAGUUAUAUUGAGACUUGUAUUAGUCUCAAAGAUGAGCAGGUAGCUGCAAGAGUCAUCUCAGAUGCUGAGAAGGAUGUGUGGUUUGUUGUAAAAGUGAUAAAUUUUGAUGAGAAAACAAAAGAAUUUGAAGUACUUGAUGAGGAACCAGGUGAUGAUGAAGAGGGCAGUGGCCAAAGGAAGUACAAGCUGCCUGCAUCUUGCAUUAUACCUUUCCCCAAGCGGAAUGAUGCUUCUAGUACUCAAGAAUUCCCCACUGGAAGACAUGUUUUGGCCGUUUAUCCAGGAACAACUGCACUCUAUAAGGCAACUGUCAUUAGUACUCCUCGAAGGAGGAAAUCAAAUGAAUAUUUACUUGAAUUCGAUGAUGAUGAGGAAGAUGGAGCCUUGCCUCAAAGGGCAGUACCCUAUCACAAGGUGGUUCCCUUGCCGGUAGGACACCGGCAAUGAGAUAUGUGUAUAAACGUGUAUAAUAGUUUAGAUCUAUAAACUUAGAGCUGGUUUUUAAACAUGUGAAUCAGAACCCUAAUUUUCACGAGCCCUGUGUACUGGCUUAGCAAUAGAAGUUUGACACCAAUAUCCUUUCUGUUACUUUAAGUUACAUGGUUCUUCUUCAUUACCCGUAAAGAUAAAGAUAAUACUUUAUCUUUGAAAGUUUCGAGUUUGAAUCUUCGGAUGGAUGGGAUGUCAUUUAUGGAUAAGAGAGGAUUACCUCAUUAUGUAACCCAAUAUUCUUUCAUGCUUCGUUUGAUAUCUGAUGCGAAGCUUAUCAAUGUAACAGUAGCAUGCAUGAAUCUUGUGAACUUUAAAAGAGAAACAAGGUAACAUGGCUUUGUUGGGAAUCUGAAGACCCAAUUUUCAUUGCAUAAUUCCAGCUUCAUUGGCAUAUAUUACAUAGAUCACAUGCAGCUUAUGGGAGA